AGAGGGAAGGUAAUGCAGUCCCUCCUUGAUGAGGUCAUAACAACCCCAACCUGCUUUGUGUGUUAGUGAUGCAACAGCCAGCAAUUUUUGGACACUCGUUCCCUAGUGAAGGGUCGGCUGUCUGUGAGCAGACGAUGAGCCCAUCCUGAGAAAAGAGAGUUAGAGCGAUACAUAGAGGGGAAAGAGAGAGGGGAGAGAGGAUCCAGGCAGAGGAGACUGUAGCUACCUAGCUAGUGCUGUGCCUUUAAAACGCAAGGCCCCUCCUUCCUCCACACAGUCAGAGUGGAGAAGCAAAGCAAGUUGUGCUGGCAGGAGCCUGAGCCUCACGAUAAACCCUGGCAUCAGCCUGCCUUCAUCCGGCAGUCAGCGAGGACACUUCAGGGCGCAGGGGCAGAGAGACGGGACGGAGAGAGAGUGAGACAGACAGAGAGAGAGAGAGAGAGAGAGAGAGAGAGAGAGAGAGAGAGAGAGAGAGAGAGAGAGAGAGAGUGUCGUCAGGAGCAGCCUCCAGAGGGCUCUGACUGAUACAGAUCCUCUCCACAGCUCUGUACGCAGUAGCUCUUUCUGCUGUUUCCUGACGCUGGCAGGGUUGAUGAGGAUGGCGAGUGGCUUCUUCUUUUCCACAGCAUCGUCACUAGAGCAACGGUAGCAUCAGCAUCUACAGCAGCAACAGCUUCAGCCUCAGCAUCAUCAUCAGCAGCAGCAGCCGGAUCUAUACUCUGCUGCUGGUCCCUAUUCUUCAGCCGCCUCCUCUCUCUGGUGUCUAAGAGUGCUGCUGUCAGGGCCGUUCCGCCCACCUCCACCUCUGCCUCCUUCUGUCUACUCCUCCAUCCUGCCUCCUCCUCCAUCCCGCCUCCUCCUCCACAUCUCCAUCCUCCACAUGCUCUCCUUCAUUCCUUCCAUUGAGCCACGGCACUGAAUUAAUUCUUCGCCUUCUGACUGGAGCUGCUUUCUCUAGGAAGACAGUGUCAUGUGUGAUUGGCCAGCUUGCCCUCUGGCAGUAGCAUCAGCCUGGAUUCUGUGUGUGUCUCGUCCCCGUGCCUGUGCCUGGGCUCCGGCUGUCCCUGGGGACGCGCUACUGGGAUUUACCUCUUACUAUAGGAUGGAGAUGGGCUUUCUGCCUUUUUGAAAACUAUUCACCAAAGGAGAAAUGCACAGAUACAAAGACAGAGGAAAUAUAAUGAAUCAAUCAGCAGCACAACCAGGCAGACUGCUGGAUUCCCUUAGCAACAACUCUGGGAGUGAAAGAGAGAAGUGAAUCGUCUCUUCCUAUCUUCUCUGGUGUCUGGUUUCUUGGCACACCCCUGCAGACCAGAGUGGACCAACAGUCGGAUCUGAAAGGGCAGGAUUUGGGACACUGCAUGGGCACGAAGGACACGCAAGUCACCCUAACGCCAGGGGAACGACCCUCCUCUUCCUCCUUCUCUUUCACCUCCUCUGGUUCAUCACCAUGUUGGUUUGUCAUUCUUCCCCUGCACGUUCUAUUCAUUAGUCACAUUUUACUCGCUAAGAUGUCCGUUUAUCCUCAUUCUUGCCACCUGGACUAAGCCCUGCCACUGAACAAAAUAUUGGACAUUCUUCACACACACACACACACACACACACACACACACACACACACACACACACACACACACACACACACACACACACACACACACACACACACACACACACACACACACACACACACACACACACACACACACACACACACACACACACACACACACACACACACACACACACACACACGCAGAGAGACUCUCACCCCUCCUCCUACCUUCCGUACUCCUCUCUUUGACGAGAAAUGAACGACACAUGUCGGGCAUCAUCUGAACAUAAAAUGGAUGGGUGCAGAAGUUGCUUUUGAUGUGGGCUAUUUCUUUAUUCCUUCAAGAUUAGUUUAUUCUCUCGUCACUUCUAAGAGAAAGGGAACACUGCACGGCGGAGGACACAGGAGGAAUAAGGAUUUGUUCUCCUCUCUCCCUAAAAAAGACAAAUGCCAAACUGAGGGAGUAUAUUUAGAAUCCAAAGCUUGUCCCUGCUGCCUAACAAUAAUGUAGACCAAGAUCAUUUAAAAAAAUGAGCAACUGCUGGGAGUUCUAUUUUUCUUUGCUUGGAUAUUCUGAUCUACAGGGGAGGCUGAACAUGAACCCCUUGUUCAGCUUGACAACCUGGGAUGCACUCUUUUACAGUAACCUGGCUGACACCAAGUCACUGCAUCGUACCAGCUAAAUAAGAUUGUAAAGGAAGGUGAGUGGGAGGGGAAAAUAGCAACUCCCUCUGACAGACGAUCUAAAUAAAUAUCCUCCUCAGAGACCGAUGCAAACUUACACACUGACACGUGAGAUGAGUAGGCUCUCUGGAUCAACACUAUUAUAUAAGGUGUUUUCACACACACCAUCUUAGCUCCUGUUCUUUUCAUCAUCCUCCUGUUCCGUGGAUCUAACUUGAGUUUUUCAUGUUUCUUUUGGCUUCAUUUUUGGUACAAUCCAUCCUGGAGUCAUGGAUGGCGGAGGGUAACGCCAGGGGGUUGAGCGCUCAGGCCAGGCAAGGUCUUUUGGCUGUCCAGGGGCUUUUAAGAUGUUGAGGUCUCCCUGCGUGGCCGGGGCCCCUGUUCGGAUCAGUAGCACUGAGGCUCCUCGCGGCCAGAGACAUGGACCCCGAAUCGGCUCCCCCCCGCCCCUGCCCUCAGCCCGCCGGCCCCUGGCCCCAAGUCGCCCUGUGAAGGAUGUCCCUCAGCAGAGCUCCGGCCCGGGACACCUCUGAGACCCCCAGCCAGACCCCCAGAGAACGCAUCCGCAGCCACAUGAAGAUGGUGAUCAACCAGCUGGACGGCAUUCUCAAAGAGCUCAAGGAUGUGGCCAAGGAACUCCGGGAGGUGGUGGGUCAGAUCGACAAGCUGACGUCAGACUUUGACUUUGACCUGGAGCCUGAUGACUGGACAGUGGCCACAGCGAGCAGCACGUCCAGCAGCGAGAGAGGCCUGGGAGAGGCCUUCAGGCUGGACUUCCUCAACCCCGAUGUGCUCUCAGACAGCUGGGAGUUCUGCAGCUAUCUGGAGGCCUCCGUCGCUGCAGCAAACGCCGCCCACAAAGCAGGGCCAACGGUGCAGCCCAAAGAUGCAGGGCUGGAGCCGGGUGCGGGGCGUGGGUGCAUCCCCACCCAGACCCAGACCCCGCCACCCACAACCGCCUCAGCCUACUCCCAAAUGAAUGGGGGGCUGCCCAUCCCUAACGGACCUCUCAUAGUCACCCCAGACUCAUCCAGCGCCAGCGAAGAGGCUUCCAGCUCCACACACAGCCACAAGACCUCCCGCACGUCCGGCACCAGAGAGAGAGUCCGCUUCAGUGACAAGAUCCUAUACCAUGCGUUGUGCUGUGAUGAUGACGAGGAGGAUGAAGAGGAGGGAGAUGAGGAGAAGGGCGGCUGUGCGACCCCAGACACUGACGACAGUGAGCCCAGUCCUAGUCAAGCCGGCUCGUCCACACCACCGCUCUCCUCCUCAGAGCACUCCGUCCUCCAUAACUGUCUGGACCCUUCUUAUGUCUCGUUCCCAGUGAACGUGGCAGCGGGGACUCAUACGCUGCCCAGAAAGGGUCUCCUCAAUCCCGCGAGCUGCCGGAAAAAACUGCUACGGAACAGCAGCACACAGACUGUUUCAGAUAAAAGCACCCAAACUGUACUGCCCUAUAUUCCAGCCAAACAGAAAACAAAGGACCACUGAGAAACAGUAACUUUACAACGACAGAACUAAUGAAAAAGGACUGUGUACUAUUUAAUAUUAAAUGCAUAGAUCAUAGAUUAAUACACAACUAAAUAAAUCCAUAUUAAUUACUAAAUAAAUACAUCAUAUGGGAAAUGACUCACCUACCUAAAGUCAUUCUGAGGCUCAGGGAAACAAAGGAUAAAGGCAGUUCCUUAAGGCAGUAACAGAGAGAAAAGUGUUAUUGACGGACCAAAAGGCUAGUGCCUGCUAAUGUUAAGAAAUGGACCGGAUGGAUUCCUUAUUUAUAAUCAUUUGCAACACUUAUUGAGAUGACUCAAGCAAUCACUUUUCUAGGAAGUUGAAAUUGUUCUGAAAUCGGAAAGUAAGUGUGAAGAGGUCAUUUCCCUCCUCGUACACCAGUAUAAAUCACAAGAAAAUAUAUUGCUUGUUCUUUAAGAUGUGGUUAAAAAACACUGCACAUUCUGUACACUGAGAAUCUGUAUAAACAUUGUCUUUUUCAUCUUCCAAUUAUUUCAAAUGUCAAGGGGGUUCCUGGUGUAACAACAGGGAGUGUAUCUAGAUGCACAAGUCAAGCCUUCUUCUCUCUUUGAUGUCAUCAUAAGUAAGUCAAGGCCCAGAAAAACAUGGUUUGACCUGCCCUCGAUUUUAUUAAUCAUUUCAAUAAUUUAUCUCUUGGUCUGCUGCUGAAACUGUAGUUGUGGAAAGCAAGAAGAAAAACAGGUAUUUUUGUGAGAUUCUGUGCUCCAACUCCACAUUGUGACAUUUCCACUUGAUCUAUCCAUUCCUCUCUGCAAGGGAGCAAGGCUGCUAGGGGGGAGGACUUGAAUAGAAGUGCACAAAGCCAAGAUGCAAAAGGUUAUGUCUCUCCAUUCUGAAUCCCAGUAGGGAUUUGGACUCAAUAGAGCAGCAUUUUAUUCACAGGGACUAUGCCAAAAGCAGUGUUGAUCAAUAAGGCUGAUUGAGAGAGUGCUGUGAGAGGUCUCUCGGCUGAACAGGCAGACCCUGCUCCUGGGGGCCCACAACAAAAACUCACAGUUAGACCUCCAUCUAUUUCCUCUGCUAUUAGUGGCAGACAUGGACAGACGCAGUCUUCAAGAAAGAGGUUGGCAUUUAAGAAAUGUGUGCCAGGAUGUGAAAGAGUGGGUGGCAGACAGAGAGAAAGAGAGUGAUGGAGAGAG